ACACACGAGCAGUCAAUGCACUGCACGUUGCUUUUUCAGAUGGAACCUACAUUUCGUAGGACGAUGUAUACCAUGCGUAUCGCGUACAUAUAACUAAUACACUUUAAAACGAAAUAUAUUCUGUAGCUUUAAGACAAUCUAAUAGAACGUGAAACUAAAAAUGCUCUGUAGCUUUAAGACGAACAUGGAUAGGGUUAAAAAGAGGAAGUGGGCACACAGAGUUUCGUUUCCCUAAUGAAAGUUUUAAUUUGGGACCUGAGCUUUAACACGAGAAAGGAGAAGCGCAAGUACACUAGUACGAGACGGGGAUACCAAGAAAGAAUACGCAGUUUUAUUCGUGCACAUGACAAUACAAUAGCCCUGAAGGGCGACAGAACGACGCCGAUCCUGACAUAAUAAUGAUGGCGGAGGCCGACGCGGAAGAGAACGUGUACCGUGAGGCUGUGGUGGAGUCGCCUGUUGCGCCCCCUAAUGGCGACAUUAAUAUUGAAGACCUGUUACCCGACGGUCCUCAGGGGAAUAUUCAAGGACAGAUGGAGGAGUUCCUGGGCCCCCAGCCGGAGUACGAUGAGGAAGAGGAGGAGAAGAAGUAUUACAGGAGGAAAAAGCUGGGCGUGGUGAAGAACGUCCUGGGGGCCAGCGUCGGGGGCAUGAUCAUAUACAGUGUCUACAUGGGCCUGUUGCAGAUGCAGCUGAUACUCCACUAUGAUGAGACGUACAGGGAGGUGAAGUAUGGUAACCUGGGUCUGGAGGACAUCGACAAGAAGAUGCUGAUGGGGAUCAACGUUACACCCAUCAUAGCCCUGUUAUACACCCCCAUACUCAUCAGGUUUCUGGGCACCAAAUGGAUGAUGUUUCUGGCAAGUGGAAUUUACGCUCUCUUCGUCUCAACCAAUUACUGGGAGCGAUACUACACCCUGGUACCAUCGGCUGUGGCCAUUGGUGCAGCCAUUGUCCCGCUGUGGGCGUCAUUAGGGACCUACAUCACAAGGAUGGCACAACAGUACUAUGAGUAUGUGAACUAUAAGGAGGAUCACGUUCAGGAACAGAAGAAACUACCCAAGGGGGUGUGUCAUCGCUAUGUCAUCAUCUUCCAAUCCGUGUUCUUCAUCAUCUUCCAUCUCAGCCUGGUGUUUGCAGAGUUCCCCCAGCGCCUCUUCCUCCACCAGUUCCUUAGUGACUACAACCACACACUGUACAACGUUAAACACUGUGGUGCGGAGGGCAGUGGUAUGAUCGAGGGUUUCAACAGGACCGUCCUGAAGCACCUCCCUCGCUCCCUGCUGCUCAUCCAGGUGGAGAGUGUUCUCAUGGGGGCCGCCUUCCUCUCCAUGAUCAUCUUCCUGGCAGUGUGCGGGGCUGCGUACCGCCCUACAGAGGAGAUCGAUCUGAGGAGUAUCGGCUGGGGGAACAUCUUCCAGUUGCCCUUCAAACACCUGAGAGACUACAGGCUGAGACUCCUCAUCCCUUUCUUCAUCUACAGUGGACUGGACUCACUCUUCUCUGUCACGGGACUCACUCUGUCGUAUGGUGUGUGUACGGUGGGUCUGGAGUGGCUGUAUCUCCUGGUGAUGGUCUAUGGUCUGUCCUGCUCCCUGUUCUCCUGCCUGUCCCUGUCCCUCCUCAGGCUGCCACGCUACGUCUCUCUGCUAGGGGGCGCUGUGAUCCACGGUCCUCUGCUAGUGUUCCUGCUGUUCUGGUCCCCGGCUCCACGCUCACCUGAUCAACUGCCUUACCUGCUGGUGGUGAUCGCCCUCUGGGGAAUGGGGUCUGCAUUGAAUAAGACUGGACUCAGCAUUCUCCUGGGUAUGUUGUAUGAAGAUAAAGAGAGACUGGACUUUGUCUACACCAUCUACCACUGGUGGCAGGCUAUCGCCAUUUUCAUAGUCUACCUGUGGACUGGACUCAUCAUGAGGGCCAAACUCUCCAUUCUAUUGGUCAUCUUGCUGCUGGCGUGCUUCUGCUAUUGGACGAUGGAGCGACGACUGGCCAAGAACAUGCAUUUCAGACUGCCUCGCAUUCCCCGCCCCAAACACAAGGUCAAAGGUUAUCGUUACCUGGAGGAGGAAAACUCAGAUGAGUCGAACUCGGAGGAGAGUGAUGAGGAUGAUGAUGAAGAGCACCAGGAGGAGGUGAUCAGGGAGGACUUUGGGGGAGACGCAGGGUCGCAGGGCUCUGAUUCGACCAGGGAGAGGAGAGGAGGGGCUAGGGGACGGCGCAGGAGGAGAGACGAUGAUUAUGAGCAAGCGGGGGAAAGGGAGGAGAGAGAGAAGGAGGGAGAGAGAGGGAUAGAGAAAGAGUGAAAGAGCGAAAAAUAGUUAGAGAGACAGAGAGAGAGCGAGUCCUUUAGCUAUCCUCUAGGUAUCCUCUAAGUAUCCUCUAGGUGUCCUCUAGCUAUCCUCUUGGUGUCCUCUAGCUAUCCUCUUGGUGUCCUCUAGCUAUCCUCUUGGUGUCCUCUAGCUAUCCUCUAGGUAUCCUCUAGCUAUCCUCUUGGUGUCCUCUAGCUAUCCUCUUGGUGUCCUCUAGCUAUCCUCUAGGUGUCCUCUAGGUAUCCUCCAGCUAUCCUCUUGGUGUCCUCUAGCUAUCCUCUAGCUAUCCUCUAGCUGUCCUCUAGCUGUCCUGUAGCUAUCCUCUAGCUAUCCUCUACGUAUCCUCUAGCUGUCCUCUAGCUAUCCUCUAGCUGUCCUCUAGCUGUCCUGUAGCUAUCCUCUAGCUAUCCUCUACGUAUCCUCUAGCUGUCCUCUAGCUAUCCUCUAGGUAUCCUCUAGCUGUCCUCUAGAUAUCCUCUAGCUGUCCUCUAGGUAUCCUCUAGCUGUCCUCUAGCUGUCCUCUAGGUAUCCUCUAGCUGUCCUCUAGGUAUCCUCUAGCUGUCCUCUAGGUAUCCUCUAGCUGUCCUCUAGGUAUCCUCUAGCUGUCCCCGAAGGUAUCCUCUAGCUGUCCUCUAGGUGUCCUCUAGGUGUCCUCUAGGUAUCCUCUAGCUGUCCUCUAGGUAUCCUCUAGCUGUCCUCUAGCUGUCCUCUAGGUAUCCGCUAGCUGUCCUCUAGGUAUCCUCUAGCUGUCCUCUAGGUAUCCUCUAGCUGUCCUCUAGGUAUCCUCUAGCUAUCCUCUAGCUGUCCUCUAGCUGUCCUCUAGGUAUCCUCUAGGUAUCCUCUAGCUGUCCUCUAGGUAUCCUCUAGCUAUCCUCUAGCUGUCCCCUAGUUGUCCUCUAGGUAUCCUCUAGCUGUCCUCUAGGUAUCCUCUAGCUGUCCUCUAGGUAUCCUCUAGCUAUCCUCUAGCUGUCCUCUAGCUGUCCUCUAGCUGUCCUCUAGGUAUCCUCUAGCUGUCCUCUAGGUAUCCUCUAGCUGUCCUCUAGGUAUCCUCUAGCUGUCCUCGAAGGUAUCCUCUAGGUAUCCUCUAGCUGUCCUCUAGGUAUCCUCUAGCUGUCCCCUAGGUAUCCUCUAGGUGUCCCCUAGGUAUCCUCUAGCUGUCCUCUAGCUGUCCUCUAGGUAUCCUCUAGCUGUCCUCUAGGUAUCCUCUAGCUAUCCUCUAGGUAUCCUCUAGCUGUCCUCUAGCUGUCCUCUAGGUAUCCUCUAGGUACUUUCCCCAGUCCAGCUCUCUUACAUCAGUGCAGAUUAAGGAAAGGAGUUGAAUCAGAAGAAGAGACAAAACGGCUGUGUCUCAAAUGUAACCCUUUUCACUUCAUAGUGCCCUACUUUUGACCCCGAACUUUAACCCUGGUCAAAAGUUGUGCACUAUGAAUAAUGGUCCCAUUUGGAACCUAGACAAUACUGUAUGUCUAGGCUGUUGACAUGCACCUAGAGGGGGAUUGACAUAUAUAUAUAAUAAACCCAGUCAUAAUUGAAGAGGUUCAUCCACAGCAGGAUAAAACAGAGCGGUACAGGAGGAUAAAACCAGAGUGGUACAGGAGGAUAAAACCAGAGCGGUACAGGAAGAUAAAACAGAGCUGUACAGGAAGAUAAAACAGAGCGUUACAGGAGGAUAAAACAGAGUGGUACAGGAGGAUAAAACAGAGUGGUACAGGAGGAUAAAACAGUGGUACAGGAGGAUAAAACAUUGGUGCAGGAGGAUAAAACAGAGUGGUACAGGAGGAUAAAACAUUGGUGCAGGAGGAUAAAACAGAGUGGUACAGGAGGAUUAAACAGAGCGGUACAGGAGGAUAAAACAGCGGUACAGGAGGAUAAAACAAAGCGGUACAGGAGGAUAAAACCAGAGCGGUACAGGAGGAUGAAACGAGAGUGGUACAGGAGGAUAAAACCAGAGUGGUACAGGAGGAUAAACCAGAGUGGUGCAGGAGGAUAAAACCAGAGUGGUACAGGAGGAUAAACCAGAGCGAUACAGGAGGAUAAACCAGAGCGGUACAGGAGGAUGAAACCAGAGCGGUACAGGAGGAUGAAACGAGAGUGGUACAGGAGGAUAAACCAGAGUGGUACAGGAGGAUAAAACCAGAGUGGUGCAGGAGGAUAAAACCAGAGUGGUGCAGGAGGAUAAAACCAGAGUGGUGCAGGAGGAUAAAACCAGAGUGGUGCAGGAGGAUAAAACCAGAGUGGUACAGGAGGAUAAACCAGAGCGGUACAGGAGGAUAAACCAGAGCGGUACAGGAGGAUGAAACCAGAGCGGUACAGGAGGAUAAAACAGAGUGGUACAGGAGGAUAAAACCAGAGCGGUACAGGAGGAUAAAACAGAGUGGUACAGGAGGAUAAAACAGAGUGGUACAGGAGGAUAAAACAGAGUGGUACAGGAGGAUAAAACCAGAGUGGUACAGGAGGAUAAAACCAGAGUGGUACAGGAGGAUAAAACCAGAGUGGUACAGGAGGAUAAAACCAGAGUGGUACAGGAGGAUAAAACAGAGUGGUACAGGAGAAUAAAACCAGAGUGGUACAGGAGGAUAAAACCAGAGCGGUACAGGAGAAUAAAACCAGAGUGGUACAGGAGGAUAAAACCAGAGUGGUACAGGAGGAUAAAACAGAGUGGUACAGGAGGAAAGAGAAGAAUGGGGGAUUUUACACAGAAGGAAGGAGGAUGAAGAGAGGACAGGAACUCAGUUUCGAAGGAUUCUUAUAACACAACUGAAAAGGGAAGAAGUUAUUUACGCCACUUCAAAUAUAAACCAGUUUCCCUCCGGUGCAUGAUCACAUGGGGUAUGGCCCAAAUGGCACGCUAUUCACUAUAUAGUGCACUCAUUUUGAAUGGCCAAAAGUAGUGUACUAUAUAGGGAAUGGGGUGCCAUUUCGGACUCGCCCAUACUGUAUAGACACCUGAAACAUAUGUGAAGUUAGGUACAUCACAGGCACUUUUGACAGGGCACAUACAGGGCUCUGGUCAAAAGUAGUGCACUAUAGAGGGAAUAAGGUGCCAUCUGGGACACAGCCUUUGUAUUUCAACAGUAUCACUGUAUUGUUAGUCAGCUGUGUUGUCAUGGUUCCUAGCUCAGGUGUCUUGAGUGGCCUACAUUUGAUGUAGUUUUUUUUGUAAGGAAUUUAUUCAAUCAAUGAUUUUGAAAAAGUUGAAUUAUAGUCAUGAAUUAUAAUGAGAAUAAAUUGAUUGUAAUUGUUUUUUAUGACUGUUUUGAAGUUGUUUUCUGAGUAUAAACCUGGUUUUGUGCCUCUUGAUGUGGGUGUUCUGUUAUCAAAGACCAACUGAUAUCACCAUGGAUACUUAGUUCAUAAAAGUGAACACCUUA